GAGAAGACGAAAUUAACUGUUAUCACGAUAUUACAUAAAUAGAUUUAGUUUAAUUUUCUGCGCGAGGGAAAUAUCCAAUUAUUAGGAAGCCGUAUACUUUGUUGCACGAUGCUUGCAUGACGGAAGGUCAUUUGCCUCUAAAUAAGAACAGUCUCAUGGUACAAAUAAAAAAAGGCACUUUGUUCUCGACCCAACGACGUGAAAAAUGUCACAAACACCGGAAGUGCAAUAAUUAGAAUCAUUUCAUUUGAUAUAUAAUUUUUUUUCCCCGGUGUAAUGUCAUUGUAUCACCAGUUCGCAUUUCGAAAACGGAGAAAAGUAGAUCGUUAUGCUCACGCGAGAUGAUGGUAUGGGAGCGCUACAAAACGAUCAGCUACUGCUGAUUCCCACCAGUUUCCUCUAGUAUCUAGUGCAAGGCGAUACUGUAAAAGCCUUUAGUGCAGCGCGCCAUUCGAGACUUUCGGGUACUCGACAAUGAUCCCAUCUUUUCUGGUGCCAAUGCUCUGUCAAUUGUAUAUUGUUCGAAGAGGAGACACUAUAUUGCAUCUGACUCUGCUUCCCACCGGUACGUGCUUCUAUUGCUGCCCCAUCCAGUUGAAUCGGGACGUCCAAUUUCUAUUGUACACCAGGCGGAAUCCAACGUAUCCAAAUAUACUGGACUUUAACGAUGCCACAACGUUGCGGAAGAGCAAUUUCAAUGUUAAACAUCCGACAAUCAUUUACAUUCAUGGAUACAGCGAUAGUAGUUCAGGAAAAGGCCCUAUUUCUAUACGGAAUGCUUAUCUCCGUCGUGGGCAGUAUAACGUGAUAUUGAUCAACUGGCCCAAACUGGCGGUCCUACCGUGGUACAUAACGGCCGUAAGAAAUGCCAAAGUCAUCGGACCUUACUUGGCGCACAUGAUAAGUUGGCUCGUCGCAGAAAAAGCUGUCUCCCUGCCCGAACUUCAUGUAAUCGGCUUUAGUUUGGGCGCGGAAGUUGCUGGUUUCAUGGGGAAGGCUUUGGCACCUCGAAAGAUAGGUAGAAUCACCGGGUUGGACCCGGCUUAUCCGUUGUACAUGAAUACCGGGGAGGACGGUCACUUGACAUGGGCUGACGCCGUCUUCGUCGAUGUCAUUCAUACUGACGGCGGCAAUUUUGGAUUCCCUCAUCCACUUGGUCACGUCGAUUUUUACCCGAACGGCGGCGUGAGACGGCAGCCCGGUUGCGAUUUGAAGAGCAUCGUUCGCAUGGGCUUCAGGAAACUCAUAAAUCAAUACAUUACCUGUGGGCACAACCGAGCUUGGCGUUAUUACGCGGAAUCAGUGGAGAACCCCUACGGGUUCCCCGCAAGUCGGUGCCCAAAAUGGCGACCCGGGAUUCAGGCGAACUGCGCGUGGAAACCUGAGGCUCACAUGGGUUUCGCAGCCGAUUCCAAGUAUCGAGGAAAAUUUUACUUGAGCACGAACUCGCGAACACCGUAUGCCAAGAAUUUGACGUAUCACAAGCUUAGCAAAUGAGGAUCGUCGCGCGGCAAUCUUGAUUUGGAUGAACCAGAUUAAGAAGUGAAACGAUUUUCCACGAUCGCUCCCGCCAAGAUGAACGUCUUGGCUCAAGCUCAGGAGCAUAAAAAUAUUGUUUUCUUUGGGGGGGGGGAGUAUUUUUUAUACGACGUUUUUGCGGGAAAGUCUGUAUUCCCGUUGCUUCAGUAUUCGCUACAAACGAUUCGCAUGGUCUCAAUUAGCUUUACUUUUUCUCUUUAGAGGAUUACUAAAGUGACAACGGAAGAAUUUUUUUUCCUGCAAUAACAAACAAGGUUCGUGAUGGAAUGCGGUUUGGUGUAGUAACGAUAUCAAAAAGCUCGAUUCGAAUUGCGAUAAGUUAAAGGGAAAGCAACACUUGUUUCGACUGUUUUAAUGCCAAGCAUUGUGAUCUCGUGCCAGAUAGCAGCGCAUUGUUUACAACGUUUAUCGUUCUGACUUUAAUUGUCAAUGAUAUACGAGUAACAGUCACAUAACAUGAUUAUAGCUAUACGUCCAUACAGGUAAAAUACAUGACUGCAACUCUACAAUAGUGGAACGUGACUUGAAGAAUACUUUUACGUGAUAAAUAGUAUAUUAGAAACGAACCUAACUUUUAUAUAAGAAUAUAAUGGAACAAUUUGUUGUGUGACAGUGUGUUUUCCGUUUGUUAAAACUUUGUUAAAAUGUCAUAUCUAUCGUUUAAAAACAAUGAUUUUAUGUAUCUGUGUAGAAAGCGCGAGACAGAAUGUCGGAAUAAGAACGCUAAUAAUGGAGGGAG